AUGUAAAAAAAAAAAAAAAUUGUGAAACUCAUUUUUUCAUUUUCCGAAAAAUGACUACAAAAAAAAAAAAAUACAACUUCAAAAAAACUCACCGUGCUUCUUAUGAAGUACGUCGGACUGUCUACUCUGCAAAAAGGGGUCAUUUGGGGGAUAUCUGUACUGUCCUGACAUUCUUGGACCUCAAGAAAUUAGAUUGGCUGUCAGUACUUCAGGAUUGAUCAAUAUUCAGAUCUAUACCAUAGUUUGUGAACUCUAUAUAACUUUCCUACAAACUAAAUAAUACAUCCUAAUUUGGGUUAUUUUCACCAAAGACAUGUAG